GGUUGGGAAAAGCAGAGUUUUGAUCAGAGAAGAAGAGAUGGGAGACGAGAGGGUAAAGACUGAGGCUUUGCAGAUUAUUGGAGCCUUCCAAGUGCUUCCCAGACUCGUUGUCUUCGAUCUCGACUACACUCUCUGGCCUUUCUACUGUGAAUGUCGGUCCAAACGUGAAAUGCCAUCUUUGUAUCCCCAUGCUAAAGGCAUACUAUAUGCGCUCAAGGACAAAGGGAUUGAUCUUGCUAUUGCUUCUAGAUCACCAACUGCAGAUAUAGCAAAGACAUUUCUUGACAAAUUAAGCAUCAAGUCAAUGUUUGUAGCCCAGGAGAUCUUUUCUAGUUGGACACACAAGACAGACCACAUCCAGAGAAUUCAUUCAAGGACUGGGGUUCCCAUUAACUCAAUGCUGUUUUUUGAUGAUGAGAAUAGGAACAUUCAAGCGGUCUCAAAAAUGGGUGCAACAAGCAUUUUGGUUGAUAAGGGGAUAAAUCUCACAGCGUUACAAGAAGGGCUCACAAGAUUCUCCGAAAAUUGGAAAACAGUUGAGAAGAACAAGCAGAAAUGGCUCAAAAAAUUUUCUCAAAAUCCAAAUUCAUCUGAUCAAAAUGAAUAGAAAGGAUUAAUUUUUGCUUAAUCUUGAACAAGAAUUCUGUGUAUUGAAAAUGUUCCCAGCAUUUCCAUGGACUAUUAUUUGGAAACGGCACAUAUAUUUAUUUAAGAUAUGUUGUAUAGAUUACCUGAGGAGUGUUUUUCCCUCCUCUUUUUCCUUACCGUCGGAAGGGUUCGCCCCCCUAUAUUUAUUGCUGUAGUAUUAUUCA